CCGGAAGCGGGAGUUUAUCCCCGUCUAAAAUGAGAUAAUUGUUCCGUGUUUUCUGCAGAUUAAUCGGAAGGUUCGAGGGUUUUCCAGGAUGUCCAGCCCGGCGAGGAGCGGGGACAUCAUCCACCUGAACGUGGGGGGGAAGAGCCUCCUGAGCGGCCGCAUCUCCACCCUGAAGGACGAGACCGGAGCGAAACAUAAAGGCAAAGAGAGACCCACAAGUUUUCGUUGUGAUCACUGCAAGAAAGUCCUCACCACUUCAUCAGGUCUGAGAAAACAUAAGAUGAUUCACACUGGAGAUAAACCGUUCACCUGUGAUCAGUGUGGAGCAGCUUUUACCACAUCAAGUUAUCUAAAGAUUCACCAACGUAUUCACACUGGAGAUAAACCGUUCACUUGUGAUCAGUGUGGAGCAGCUUUUACCAGACAAGAUAGUCUAAGAACUCACCAACGUGUUCACACUGGAGAAAAACCGUUCAGUUGUGAUCAGUGUGGAGCAGCUUUUACUGAGUCAGGAACGCUAAAGAUUCACAAACGUAUUCACACUGGAGAUAAACCGUUCACUUGUGAUCAGUGUGGAGCAGCUUUUACCACUUCAAGUGAUCUAAGGACUCACCAACGUAUUCACACUGGAGAAAAACCAUUCACUUGUGAUCAGUGUGGAGCAGCUUUUACCCAACGAGGUAGUCUAAGGACUCACCAACGUGUUCACACUGGAGAAAAACCGUUUAGGUGUGAUCAGUGUGGAGCAGCUUUUACUGAGUCAGGAACGCUAAAGAUUCACCAACGUAUUCACACUGGAGAAAAACCAUUCACUUGUGAUCAGUGUGGAGCAGCUUUUACCCAACGAGGUAGUCUAAGGACUCACCAACGUGUUCACACUGGAGAAAAACCGUUUAGGUGUGAUCAGUGUGGAGCAGCUUUUACCCAACGAGGUAGUCUAAUGACUCACCAACGUGUUCACACUAGAGAUAAACCGUUUAGGUGUGAUCAGUGUGGAGCAGCUUUUACCACAUCAGGUAAUCUAAUUACUCACCAACGUAUUCACACUGGAGAUGAACCGUUUAGAUGUGAUCAGUGUGGAGCAGCUUUUACCCAACAAAUCCAUCUAAGGACUCACCAACGUAUUCACACUGGAGAUAAACCGUUCACUUGUGAUCAGUGUGGAGCAGCUUUUACCCAACAAAUCCAUCUAAGGACUCACCAACGUAUUCACACUGGAGAUAAACCAUUCAGAUGUGAACAGUGUGGAGCAGCUUUUACCACAUCAGGUAAUCUAAUGACUCACCAACGUAUUCACACUGGAGAUAAACCGUUCAGAUGUGAACAGUGUGAGGCAGCUUUUACCACAUCAAGUCAGCUAAAGAAGCACCAACGACACCUGGGAAGUUGCUUCAAACAGACUUGAAUCACGAGAACACCCUAUGGGUAAUUUAGAAGUUAGUGACAGUCAGGCCAAAUGCCCGAUGGGGACAUUUGGCCACAGAUCACAUCCAACUGUGAAUUGCUUUUCGUCUGUCACUUGGCUUGUGUAUUCCCUGCCUUUUUGCGCUUUGAAUUUACUGUAUAAAAGUCUUGACGUCGAGCCACUCUGAGUCGGCACACCAAUUCAGACCUGAUCUGUGCUGGUCAUGCCCACCGCCGGCUACUGAAUACAACUCACUACACCACAAGCGGACUUCUGAACUGGUUUUUGAUAAAUUCCUCAACAUUUCAUACGUCUUUCCAUGACUUUCACACAGAUUAUGUAGUGGACAGGAAGUCAUCACCAUUCAUUUCACCAGUCGGACAUCACAGAAGGAAACCUGCUGAAUUCAUCUUCCACAACCAUUCGUACUCGGUUGACUUUGUGCUUAAAGACUGUUUAAUGGAAUGGUUUCAAGAGCCAGUCCUGCAAAGGAUAAGUAGAGUCUCCAAGAAGGAAAUACCCAGCAGUCACUAUAUUCCUGAUGUGAGCUAGGAAGAUGUUCCUCCCACUGGCUAACUCCUGUGUAUGUAUUAUAUAUGUAAUCAACCAUUUGUCCUUGAGAGCUGAACUUUCAGGAUCGAUUCCUUGAAUGCUUUUCUAAAUUUGCCCCUUUUAAUAUUUCUUUAUAUUUUGAUGUUAAAUCCACUGUUUUUGGCAAUU